GCUUCAACGGCGGUAAAAGACUACUGAUGGAACCAUUUCGGUAGCUUGUAGCGUACAUUAAACCAGUCUUGUUUAUAUUAAUGUCAGUGUUUUUAAACAUAAUUCUGUUUACGUAUUGACUAGUUUAAAAAAAGUUAUUUGCUUGUUAAAUGAAAUUGGCUAAUUUGUUCCAUUUUUAACGUUACUGUACUAGGUGAAUCGCUAAUGCUAACUAUCUAGCUAGCUAACAUCCCCACCAUGAGCUCACUAAGAUAUUCGGAGAAAGAAGCUCUGGAUCUGAACAUGAUCGUAAAAGAAGAGGAAGAAGCUUUCAGAAUAAAAAAUGAAUUAGAGACUAUCACAUUGAAAGAAAAAGAGGUGGAUAUUACAGUGAAAGAAGAGAAAGAACCUUUUGGAGUGGCAGAGGAGGCUAUCUCAAUAAAAGAGGAGGAGGAGGAAGGAAUGGAGGAGGAGACAGAAUAUCAGAUUAACACCAGAGAGAGACAUGACUAUUGGGGAUCCUCUGGGGAGCAUCAACAACAUCCUGAUGCUGACGAGUCAGAGAAGAGUCUCUCCAGAUCAGAACACCAGAUGGACAACGCUAGCCCUUCCUCCCUCCCGGAGUCCCCAUGUCGUGCCUCUCCCGGUAGCGCCUUACUGCUGGGCAUGAAGAGGUUUUCUGUGCAGCUGGUGGACUGCAGGAAAACAACGGGGCUGAGUGGAACUGUGAGAGGAGGAGAAGAGAAGAAAGGAUCAGAUUUGACUCAUCAAACAGGAGAGCGACCAGACUCUCACUCUGACAGCGGGGAGAGUCAUUCAGGGGAACCAGACCCAGCGACGUCCAAACCAGCAAGACGACACCACUGCUCCCAGUGUGGAAAAACUUUUAACCGAUCACAACACCUGAAAUUACAUGAGAGAACACACACAGGAGAAAGGCCUUACCACUGUUCCCAGUGUGGAAAGAGUUUUAUCCAAUCACAACACCUGAAAUUACACAUUAGAACACACACAGGAGAAAAGCCUUACCACUGUUCCCAGUGUGGAAAGAGUUUUAGUCAGUUAUGGAGCCUAAAAAUUCAUAAGCGAAUACACUCUGGAGAGAAGCCUUACCACUGUUCCCAGUGUGGAAAAAGUUUUGCCCGAGUACAACAGCUGAAACUACACAAGAGAACACACACAGGAGAAAAGCCUUACCACUGUACCCAGUGUGGAAAGAGUUAUAGCCAAUCACAAGAACUGAAAUUACACAAGAGAACACACAUAGGAGAAAAGCCUUACCACUGUUCCCAGUGUGGAAAGAGUUUUAGUCAGUUAUCGAGCCUAAAAAUUCAUAAGCGAAUACACUCUGGAGAGAAGCCUUACCACUGUUCCCAGUGUGGAAAAAGUUUUGUCCAAGCAGAACAUCUGAAAUUACACAAGAGAACACACACAGGAGAAAAGCCUUACCACUGUACCCAGUGUGGAAAGAGUUAUAGCCGAUCACAAGAUCUGACAGUACACAAGAGAACACACACAGGAGAAAAGCCUUACCACUGCUCCCAGUGUGGAAAAAGGUUUAUCCAUUCACAACAACUGAAAGUACACAAGAGAAUACACACAGGAGAAAAGCCUUACCACUGUUCCCAGUGUGGAAUGAGUUUUCGGGUGUUAUCGAGCCUGAAAAGUCAUAAGCAAAUACACUCUGGAGAGAAGUCUUACACAUGUUCCCAUUGUGGUAAGAGUUUUAAGUUGGUAGGGAAUCUGACAUCGCAUGUGAGCACACACAACAAGGAAAAGCUCUACCAAUGUUCCUUGUGUGGAAAGCGGUUUACCCAGUUGGAAGCCCUGAUUAUGCAUGACAGGACACACGCAGGAGGGGAUAAGACCUACCACUGCUCCCAGUGUGGAAAGAGAUUUAAUUGGUUAAGGCACCUGAAUAAGCAUGAAAGAAUACAUACACAGGAGGAGAAGACAUACCACUGCUCUCAUUGUGGAAAGACAUUUUCCCAGUUAGAGGACCUGAAAUCACAUGAGAGAAUAGAGAGGCUGUGUUCUGACUUGAGUUUUUGACUGAUCAUUUGUGUUUUUGUUUCAUCCUCAUGAAAUCAAAUUGUAUGAAACCAGAAUACGGUUUUACUUUUGUUAUUUCAUUUCGAGACAUGAUCAUGUCUAAUAUCAGAUUAAAUAUUUAAAAAUGUC